AUGCUCAAAAGCCCCAGAUUUCUUCAAAGUGUGAAGACAGAAAAAUUCCAGUCCACAAUUUCAUCCCCUGCGGCUGUGCUGGCCGGGACGCCUCCUGGUGGAAGGGCGCAAUUACCUGCACUGCGGAAACCCCUCACCUCUGCAAAGGAAGAGGACUCCAUGGCCCUUCGCACGCAUCCUGACAGCAGCUGGGGAUGGAUGGUAGUCCUGGCAGGUUUUGUGCAAACGGCCCUGGUCUUUGGGGUGAUCCGCUCCUUCGGGAUCUUCUUCGUCGAGUUUGUGGCUCACUUCAAGGAAUCCACCAGCACCGUCUCCUGGGCCCUCUCUCUUGGGGUCGCCAUCCUGCAAUUUGCGAAUCAGGGGAGGCUCCGGAGUUGUGGGCGGGCGGGCGUUGCUCAGGAGGUGCGCAAGGCGCACGGUUUCUCUGCCAGGCAAGGUCCGAUGGGGUGCGCUCUCAGCGCCCGGUACGGGGCACGCCCAGUGGUGAUGGCCGGAGGCCUUCUCGCUAGCCUAGGUUUGCUGCUGGCUUCGUUCUCCGUCAAGAUCUCUCACCUUUACCUGAGCAUCGGCCUCAUCUCAGGGUUCGGCUGGGCCUUGGUGUUCACCCCUUCCACGGCCGCCGUCUCCGAGUAUUUCCAGAAGCGCCAGGCUCUGGCCAUGGGCCUGGCGGUCUCGGGCGCCGGCGUCUCCUCACUGGUCUUCUCCCCGCUCUUCCAGCUCCUGGCGGACUCGUAUGGCUGGCGAGGGGCGCUGCUGGUGGUCUCGGCGAUGUCCCUCAACCUGGUGGUGUCCGCCGCGCUUCUGAGGCCCUUGACCGGGGAGGGAGACGGACAGCCGGACGUCCAGGCCCAGGAUUCAAAAUGGCGGCAGACAUUGGCUUCCCUCUUCGCCCUGGAGCUACUCCGCCACGGAGGCUUCCUGCGCUAUGUCUUGGCCUUCGUCCUGGUCGACGCCGGCUACUUCGUCCCCUAUGCUCACCUGGUGGCCCACGCCAGGGAAGAGGGCUGCGACGAAUACCAAGCCGCCUUUAUCAUGGCCGCCGCUGCCGUGGCGGACAUGUUUGGCCGGAUUUGGGCUGGCUGGCUGGCAGAUACCGCCGUCUUCUGCCGCCUCGUCCACCAUCUGACCCUCUGGACUCUCCUCACGGGGGUCUCACUCGCUCUGGUGCCCCUGGGCCACGGCUUCGCCGCCCUGGUGUCCCUCGGCCUCUGCUACGGGUUCUUCGCCGGUGCCCUCGUCCCUCUCCAGUUCGCCAGCCUGGCAGAAAUUGUGGGUGCCGACUUGGUGCUGGGGGGUAUCGGCCUCAUGCACAUGUUGGAGAGCGUGGGGGCUCUGGUGGGGACUCCUCUGUCAGGCUGGCUGAGAGACAUCACGGGGAAUUACACCGCCUCCUUCCUCACGGCUGGAGCGUUUCUCCUGGCAGGCAGCGCGAUCCUUCUCACCUUGCCGGACUACUUCUCCUGCUCCCGGCCAUCGCAGACCAAGGCAGAGACCCUCACGGGACCCCCAGACCACCAGGCCUUCGAAUUAAGGGGUCUGCCCCAACAAGACAGAGCGUGAGGCGGAGACAGGUUAGCCGAUCGCACUUGC